UAAAGAUGUGAGGUGGAACAGAUGCUAUGAAAGUUACAGCGAGGACCCGGAAAUCGUGGGAAGGAUGACUUCCAUAAUUACCGGCCUGCAAGGGAUUCCGCCAGCUGAGCACUCAAAGGGCCACCCUUUUGUCGCCGGAAGGAACAACGUGAUCGCGUGCGCGAAGCAUUUUGUUGGGGAUGGAGGCACUGAAGGAGGGAAAAACGAGGGGGAUACGAGAACUAGUUAUGAUGACUUGGAGACGGUCCACAUGGGCCCUUACCUUGACUGUAUCUCUCAACAUGUUUGCACUGUCAUGGCUUCCCACUCUAGCUAUAAUGGGCAGAAGAUGCAUUGUCAUAAGUUUCUUCUCACUGACGUUCUGAAGAACAAACUUGGGUUUAAGGGAUUCAUAAUUUCUGAUUGGAGAGGCAUUGAAAAAAUUGAAGUAGGGGCAGACUAUCGUGUAUUGGCUGCUCUUGGAAUUAAUGCGGGGAUCGACAUGGUUUUGGGCCCUCUUGACCUCGUAAAAUUUCAAGAGGACUUGAUGUCACUGGUGGAGGCAGGGGAAUUGCCAAUCUCGAGGAUUGAUGAUGCAGUGGAGAGGAUACUCAGGGUGAAGUUCGCCGCUGGAAUUUUCGAACACCCUUUGUCCGACAGGUCAUUGCUAGAUCUUGUAGGCUGCAAGCCACAUAGAGAGAUAGCGAGGGAGGCAGUGAGGAAGUCCUUAGUCCUGUUGAAGAAUGGGAAGGACCUGGAAAAGCCUUUACUUCCAUUAAACAAGAAUGCCAGGAAAAUUCUUGUUGCGGGAACGCACUCAGAUGAUCUCGGGUAUCAAAGUGGGGCCUGGACUGUAAGCUGGAUCCGAGAAGGUGGCAGGACAACAAUUGGGACCACCAUUCUUGAUGCGAUUAAACAAACAGUUGGACCUGAAACAGAAGUCAUAUUCGAGCAAUGCCAGUCCGUGGACACAUUAUCAGCUCAUGAUUUUGCAUUCGCCAUUGUAGCUGUUGGAGAACCUCCGUAUGCAGAAUAUAUCAGCUCAAAGACCGGACUUGUUAUCCCUUCUGAUAUAGCUGAUAUGAUAUGUUCAGUUGCUGAUAGAGUACCAACACUUCUGAUUUUGAUCACCGGGAGACCUCUAGAGCUAAAGCCACAUAUGCUUGAGAAGAUUGAUGCUUUGGUUGCUGCUUGGUUGCCUGGGACUGAAGGAAAUGGAAUUACAGAUGUAGUUUUUGGAGAUUAUGACUUUGUGGGACGAUUACCCGUCUCAUGGUUCAAGAGGCUUGACCAAUUACCAAUGGAUCCUGGCGCUAACAUGUACGAUCCUCUGUUCCCAUUUGGCUUUGGAUUGACACACAGCCCAAAAUGAAAACCAACAGCAUUUAGGCCACGGAUCGGGCAAUAAGUUUCGCUUCUAUGACAAGACAUGCAUUAAUUAUAUUCCUCAAUAUUAAUUUGGAUAUAUAUGUUUGCUUUUAAUUUUCAAAUAAGUGUGUUCUAUCUGAUCACCAUUACAAAGUACCCUAGAAGGUUGUGUAAGUUAUCAUUUACAGAGUUCAA